AUACACAUCGUUCGGCGCUGUUUGUGUAUCUGUGUUUUCGCUCCGGAGUCCUCAGUGCUCAGUCCAAACAUUAUCUUCUACUGCUCAGCUUCGAAGUCUCAAACCCAUUCUUAUUCCUUGCAACCGGAGCUUCGAAAAUGGAGGCUGAAGACUCUACCGAAAGAGUAGAGAACGCUAAAGAACAACAAAACGAGGCGAAAGAUGGGGACCCUUCUGAAGAUUCAUCUGCUUCAGAAAGUGGAUCGGAGGACGACAAUGACGAUUCCUCCGAAGAAGGUUACGAAGAUUAUUUCUCUGAUGAUGAGUUCAAGGAUGAUAACUCUCCUGAGAAGAAUAUCAAGCUAUUUAUGCAAGUUCUGGAGAGCAAGGGACUCAAGAAUUUACAAGAGGAAGAAGAACGUAAGUUCGUUUUCCACGAAGACCGGUUUAAUUUUCACGAGGAUCCAGAGAAUUGGAGGGAAGAGGACAUCAAGGAGCUCUGGGCUGAUGCUCCUCUCAAGAUGACGAAACCUGGUUGGGAUCCAGUUUGGGCCGACGAGGAGGAUUGGGAUGUUGUUCAAGAGGAAAUCAAAGAGGGGAGAGACCCACCAAUUGCGCCGUUCUACCUCCCGUAUCGAAAAUACUAUCCAGCCAUACCAGACAACCAUUUCGACAUAUCGGACCCCAAGUCAGUAAUCGAAGAGCUUGAUCGGAUUGAGGAGUUCCUCAAAUGGGUCAGCUACGUUUUCGCUGAUGGAAGCUCAUAUGAAGGCACUGUCUGGGAUGACUUGGCUCAUGGAAAAGGUGUUUACGUAGCUGAAAACGGGCUGGUCAGGUACGAAGGUGAAUGGCUUCAAAACAAUAUGGAGGGUCAUGGGGUUGUUGAAGUUGACAUACCUGCCCACGAGCCUGUGCUAGGUUCUGAACUUGAAGCAAAAAUGCGUGCAGAAGGGAAAAUCAUAUCCAGAGAUUUCAUGUCACCAGAAGAUAGGGAGUGGCUGGAGAAGGACAUUGAAGAUAGCAUCCGUUUAGCGGGUGGAAAUUAUGAAAUUCCGUUCUAUGAAAAUAAUGAAUGGAUCCAGCAGUUUGGGAAGAAACCGGAGAAAGGACGAUAUCGAUACUCCGGGCAGUGGAAGCACAGCCGAAUGCACGGCUGUGGCGUUUACGAAAUCAAUGAACGCCUGAUAUUUGGUAGAUUUUAUUUUGGAGAGCUAUUGGAGGAUUCUGCUGAAUGUGAUGAAGAUGUUUCAGCGCUACAUGCAGGUAUCGCAGAAGUUGCAGCUGCUAAGGCUAGGAUGUUUGUUAACAAGCCUGACGGAAUGGUAAGGGAAGAGAGGGGUCCCUAUAGUGAUCCCCAGCACCCAUAUUUCUACGAGGAAGAAGAUGUAUGGAUGGCACCCGGGUUCAUUAAUCAGUUCCAUGAAGUUCCUGAUUUUUGGAAAACAUAUGUACAUGAGGUCGAUGAGGAAAGGGAAAUGUGGUUGAAUUCCUUCUAUAAAGCUCCUCUUAGGAUCCCGAUGCCUGCUGAGCUUGAAUAUUGGUGGUCGAAAGAUGAGAGUCCAGAAUUUGUUCUCCUAAACAAGGAACCAGAGCCUGACCCUGAAGAUCCAUCAAAGCUCAUAUAUACUGAAGAUCCAGUUAUUCUACAUACAAGUACUGGACGGCUGAUCAAUUUUGUUGAGGAUGAGGAGCAUGGGAUCCGCUUGUUUUGGCAACCACCUCUUAAAGAAGGGGAAGACGUGGACCCUGAAAAGGCCGAGUUCCUGCCACUUGGCUUUGAUGAGUUCUAUGGCCGGGCUGUAACUCCGCCGAAGGAAGGCUUCUGGAAACGCCUUGUAACGAAAAUGGAGAAUGCAUGGAAGCCAGCAUUUGAAAAACUGGAGAGGUGGAGUGAAGAGAAGAAGAGGGAUAGUGAAAUGAAGCUCAAGCUGAUAGAACAAGAGCUUGAAUUAGUAGAGGCUGAAUUGUGUCUGGAAGAAGCCGUUGAAGACUUCGAAACGGAGCUGAAGAGAAAAGAGAAAGAGGAGGAGAAGAAAGUUGAAAUGACUGAGCAGGAUGGCACAGGUUCAGCUAAGAUUGAGGAAGAUGAGGAAGACGAGGACGAAGAGGAAGAUGAAGAUUCACCAAGAAGUUUUGGGUCUGCUGUAGCAGAUCAGGACCUGGCAAAAGAUGACAAGAAGGGAAACAAACCUGGGAAUUCUCCUUUUUCGACAGUUUCAUUGUCAUUGGCUUCUUGUGGUUUUGUUUCAAGUGUUCCAUCUAAGCUGCAACGGUCAUUCCUAUCAUGGAGGAGAGGAAGAUCAAUGGCAACUUUAACAGUUCCACAUCAGUGCGAGCAGAGCUCUAUUGGACACAUGGAAACCUCUGAUUCAAUCAAUUUCUCACGUGUGCUGAACAAAAGCAGUAGUUUGAAAGCAUCUAGGCAAGAGGGCAGGAGGUUUAGAAGGAAAUGCAACAAUAUUUCUCAGUUGCAUUCUUUAGCCCGGGUUUUAUCAGGCCCCAAGGCUUCUACUAAAUUGAAAAGCCUAGGAGAGAAAAGAUGUUGGGGCCAUCACCGGCUGCAUUCACCAGCUGAAGUUGAUUGGAGCAGCACAUUGUCCUUGCCCAUCCCAUUAUAUUCUUUGGAGUCAUCAUGUACAGAUAUUAUUACUUGAUAGGUGCUCUCUCACUCUCUCAUAUGUCUUUGUUACUUUGAUAUAUAUACUUAAUGGUAUUAAAACAAUGCCAAUUUUGUAGCGAUUGGUCCACGCUGUUAGUAGACCCAAAUCGGGUCUAAUGAUAGAACCCACAUAUGAGUUAGGUACUGCUAUAUUUCAGCAAAAAUAUUGAACAUGGUUUCACCUGAGAUGGUGGAAGUAGGGUGGAGCUCGAAUAUUUUCUUGACCCUCUUUAUAGGAAGGAAAGGGUGUAUCUAAGACCUGUAACAGUUCCAGAUCACUUCUUUUUUCUUGACCCUUUGGUAGGUUUAACAAUUCCCUUUUUUAUAGGGUAUUUGUUGGUUCACAAGGUGUAGUGCAGAUUAACAGUUACUUUCAGUGUAUUUAAUGCUCGGGAUUUCUUCCAUUGGUAUGAUCAAGCAUUUUAUUAUCUCA